GGCGCCAGCGAGAAGAGCGAGCCGGAAGUGCAGUGGACCGCGUCCACCUCCGUGGAGCAAGUGAGAGAAAGGAGCUACCAGAGAGCUUUGCUGCUCAGCGAUCACAGGAAAGACAAGGACAGCGGGGGAGAAUCACCAUGUGUCUCAUGUUCCCCGAGCCAUGUUCAGUCCUCACCUUCAUCUCAUUCAAAUCACAUUCCCCAGUUGCAAGCUAAGGGCCUAGGCCCUCUCAGUGAACUCGUGGAAGACCCCGAUCCUGAAAAUCCAGAACCCACAACGACAAAUGAGUGUCCAUCCCCAGAUAUUUCUCAAAACACCUGUAAAAGCCCUUCAAAGACGAACAAGGUAAUGAUACGGACUUGACUGUGGCCACUGAACCCUGAUGGUAACGCGCAGAGGGGUGUUCUGCUGAUGAAGGGGCGCUCUGGGAUUUCUGGACACUUUCUGCCAAAUGUACUACUCGGUUGUGCUAUCUUACUGGUUCUCCCGCAUUAGACCGUGAGACAAUACAAGGAUUCCAGUUCUCCACGCACACGGCAGUAGCGCAUGCUUUAUCCGAAAGGUCCACCCUGUUCUAACGGUGCCCAGGAAACCCACAACUUUUCACGAGUUACUUAGCCAGCCCGUGCUUUAUAAACCAAAGGUGAAGAGACAUCCAUUUAGAGAGGGUCACUGGCCCUCCUGGCUCAAGGCCCUGUGAUAUUUGAGGGUGGCUUUUCGUUUAACAACGAGAUCACACACGUUUCAGUCCUAUGUGAGUAGUUGACAAGAAAAGCUUGAGGGGCAAAAGUUUAUUUACCCAAACCAAUUUACUCUUAAGCUGGAUAGAGAAAUUUCACUUGCGGAAUGGAAACCUGGUAACUGUUUCGCGGUUAAUACAGUUCCUUCAGUGGGUAAGGCUCAGAAAUGUCCCUGACCAUGAUGUCCUCCAUCUGUCGAGCUACCACAGCUCGGCUACCCUACCCAGAAAGCCUCCGGCCUCCGCGGCCGCCCGGUACGUGAGCGCGACUCCCGGCCAUCUGGCCGUCGGCGCGCAGUCACCGCUUUCUCUCUC